AUGUCGGAUGUAGAGAGCAAUACACCUGAGGAGGUAGCGGUUGUUGAUCAACAAGAAGAAGGAGUAAAAGACCUACAAACCGCCAUUAAAAGAGUACUAAAGAAUGCAUUAAUACAUGAUGGAUUAGUACGAGGAAUACAUGAGGUAGCUAAGGCAUUAGACUCAAAAAGAGCACAAGCCUGCUUCCUAGCAGAUAGCUGUAGCGAGCCUGAGUAUAAGAAACUAAUAAAAGGUUUAUGCAAGGAGAAUAAGAUACCAUUAAUAGAAGUAAAUAAUAGCAAAGAAUUAGGUGAAUAUUCAGGUCUAUGCCGUAUAGAUAACGAAGGAUUACCAAGAAAAAUUGUUGGGGCUUCCUCUGUUGCAAUUAUUGAUUUUGGUCAACAGAGUAUGUGA